GGAAAAUUAUCCCUCUAUCGACCAGGUGAUUUAUGCCUUAGUGGAGAGGAGAUCGAACAGAUGAGUCUGACUGCUCUCCAAACUCGUGUUCGUAAUGUGACUAUAUUUUACCGUUCCGGACCAAGGCACAAGUGCAAAAUUGUUCGAGCGUUACAGCAAGGCGGAAUGACAGUGGCAAUGACCGGUGACGGAGUUAAUGAUGCGGUUGCGCUCAAAUCAUCCGAUAUUGGCGUGGCCAUGGGUCUGAAAGGUACGGACGUGUGUCGUGAAGCAUCCGAUAUUGUUCUUUUGGACGAUAACUUUGCCACCAUUUUGGCUGCAAUGGAGGAGGGAAAAGCAAUCUUCCACAACAUUCGCAACUUUGUGGGGUUCCAACUGAGCACGUGA